AUGUCAGGCAUCGUGGCCCCCUCCACAAUACCAACCACAUCUAGCGCGGCUUUGUUGCAACACUUGAAUACAACCAUCUCGCCGGAAACUUCUUCUUUGUCCUCUUUACCGCAUCAACUCUUGACCUCCCCCCUUCGCGCCUUUCAGCACGCCGAGACCUUUGCCCUCCGAACGGUUCCCCAAACUCUCGCUAGAAUAACCGGAAUUAAAGCCCUUGCCCAAACCAUCUGGAGCGGGGCUGGUUCAGCAGCUGGAGCCAGCGGUACGGCCGCAACACAUGCAGCGGAUAUGGCUGGAAAUGAGUUCGCCGAUGCAGCCGGCCAGGAGAGUGGCUACUACCUUGCUGAGUUCCUGGGCGCCAUGAAGAAACUCGGUGGAUUUUUUGGGUAUCUGACAAGUCUUUGGUCAUUUGCCUGUCUAGUGGAGGCGCUCAUCCUCAACCGAAUUACUAUUUAUGCAUCCACACGGCGACACCUUCGACUAGGUUGGGAAAGGCGUGCGGCUCUCCGAUUAAUCCCCAUUGUUCUCUUCGCCUCCCAAAUACUUAGCCUGCUUCGUGGAAUCCGAUGUCAGACAUCGCCGUCUUUUUCAACAAUGCGCUACGGAUACCCCGGGAAGCAACUCGUGUUCGACUAUUCCAGUCAUGGGGGCGCUCUUUACUCGAUUAGCUCGACCCUUUUAGGAUGGGAGUCUGAGGAACGGUCGUGCAAUGCUGUGAAGAUGGCGCGCGGAACCAACCCUGGUGUCCCAUAUGGAUCAUUUUCCCUCCUGUGGCCGACAUUCAUGCUCCUUUGUUUGAGUCACUUUAUUGAAACACUCUCUUGCGCAUUACAAGGCAGGCCCGUGAUGACCGAGACGGGGAUGUCCAUCUUCGAGCACUCAAUCGCCUUCGCAGAAGCCGAGUCGAUGAUCAGUAAAUCCAUCGGACUAGGCCUGUUUGGUCUUCCUAAACAAAGUCCCCUCAGUGCGCUUUCGGGUGGGUCUGAUGAGAGCUCAACUUCGGUCUUUGACCUCCUCACAAGGUCGCAAGUAUUGGAACGCAUGAAUGUCACCCCUGAAUUGCUACUUAUUGUAUUGAUCUCGUGCUGCAAUAGUGCAACUUCACACAUUCUAGAAGUCUUCGGGAAGCAGAGCAAAUAUCGGCUUUUCAGCACCGCCUUUUGGGGUGGCUGUUUCAUGGUAGCCAUGUCGUGGGGGUUAGAUGGCGGUCCGCCCGUCAGCCUCGAAACCGGCGUGCUCAGGUUCCCGACCGUUUGCAUUGUGGGAUUCAUACCUCAUAUCUUUUUAUUGGGCGGCAUCGUGAUUUGCCUGUCAAUAUACACUUUAGCACUAACCAUCACCGCUGUUUCGCUGCCUUCCGACGAUCAACCUGUCUCACUCUAUGAUCGUUUCUUGAUGGCCCAUGAGAAUAUGCAAGGCUCGAACCAGAUAAGAAGCAUUCGUAUAAACAGACACGAAGACUUUUAUACAACGUUGCUUCGAAUCGGCUAUGUUGCCCUAACCGCGGCAAGUGAGGCUGUGUUCUUGAACGAGGGCCAAUCAGUCGUUGCACGGCGGAUGACGUGGUUAGAAGAGGAUCGCCUUUCUGAGAUUGAAGCUUCGAGGCGGAAGUCUUCAUCUUAUGGGGAUUGGCAGAGCGAACCCAGCAGUCGCCCUAUCGAAGCUAUGGGUUUCUCAAGUUUCGACAUGCCAGAACAAUCUGCUUGGGAGAGUGGUUACAACCGCGAAAAGAAGGUUGAGAAACCCAAGAACGGUACUCGAACCGUGCAAUCUCGAGCCGAGCUUGGGGGAGUUGGCGCAGUGCGAGUAUCUAUCAGAUUGUGGCAUGUCCUCUCGUUCUUCCGCGCAAUUUCUUUUAUAAUGCUCCGUUGGGCUGCAUAUGGGCUCAAUAAUGUGCUUGAUCGACUGGGAAUAAGCGCUCGGCCAAUGUGGCUCAAGCGCAUAGUGGGUCAUCGUGGAAAGAAGUCUAAUAUUGACAAGACGAACCCAUCACAGCCAUUAGAUUUCUGGAUCCUCUCGGAAAAUGGAGAGCUUGAGCUCCCCGAUGACCAUGACUUUGACGUCGAGGUCGAGAUGAGGAAGCGAGAGCGCGCAAACCGGCCAGACUGGAUGGGCUCGGAUGAAAGCCGGCUAGACGACAGACUAUACAGCUGGUGGAAGAUUGGCGGUGCAUGGGGAAACCAAGAUCAAACCUCUGAUUAUUCCCCGCCCUCUGAUGACUUUGACACCACGAGCGUGGUGUCCAUGUCUACCAAUGCCUCGGAGUCAGAAUGGGAGGAUUACCCAUCGGAAGAUGGUCGUCGAACUCCUACCCAGCUUGAACCGUAUGCAGAUAGAGCAAGCCCACCACUCCAAGAUCCCCUGAUCGACAUGAGCACACUCGCCCGUCUUCUUGACCCACGCGAUCGCGACAGUAGAGAAGAAGCCAGGAUCCUAGCCGCCCAUCUCAAAACAAACCAGGACAAUUCACAGAUCAUGACGCGCAGUCGCUACCAGAAACAGGUCGAAAAGGAGAGAUCCCGGAUCAUCUUCUCAUCCCGCCUCCAGCAGCUCAACGCCAUGCACUCAGGAUCCGAAGGGCGAAAACCUACCCCCGAAGAGGAAGCUGAACUCCUCGAGAAGCUCAUCCUUUCCCGUCGCUCAGAAACCUCGGCCAGUUCCGAUGCCCAUACGUGGGAAUCCGGCGCAACAGGCCUAGGCCCUAAUGGUCCACCCUGUGUGGUCUGCCAGACAAGCCCACGAGCUAUCAUCACAUGGCCUUGUCGCUGUCUGUGCAUUUGCGAGGACUGUCGCGUGAGCCUUGCCAUGAACAACUUCGGCAGCUGCGUGACUUGUCGCCAGGAAGUCGUAGGAUUUAUGCGUCUAUGGGUUCCAUAA